UUGUUUUCUUUGCUUUCCAAUUGCUUUUACUCUAUUUUCACAAGCAUAGAUUCUCCAUUCUUAUUACUAUUUUCUCUCUGCAUUUUUUGCUUCGUUCUUUGUGGAUUCUAGCUCACAAAGGAAGCUUAACAUAAGCAUUUACCUGUUUGAAGUUGAAAAUAUGAGUCACAGGAACUUCUCAACUAGUUCUGGUAGUGGAAAUGCUGGCAGGACAUUUGAGUUUGGAAGGACUCAUGUGGUUAGACCUAAAGGAAAGCACCAGGCAACUAUAGUUUGGCUACACGGUAUUGGCGAUAACGGCUCAAGCUGGUCUCAACUAUUGGAAACUCUUCCUCUUCCAAAUAUUAAAUGGAUUUGUCCAACUGCUCCUACGCGGCCUGUAGCCUUAUUUGGCGGAUUUCCUUGCACUGCUUGGUCUGAUGUCGGUGACAUUUCCGAAGAUGCUCUGAAUGAUUUGGAGGGUUUGGAUGCUUCUGCAGCACAUGUUGCCAAUCUUUUGUCAACAGAGCCUGCAAAUAUCAAACUCGGUAUUGGAGGCUUCAGUAACGGCGCUGCAACUGCACUUCACUCGGCUACAUGUCAUGUUUUGGGACACUAUGGGAAUGGAAACGUUUAUCGUAUCAACUUGAGUGCGAUUGUUUCUUUAAGUGGCUGGCUUCCUUGUUCAAGGACCUUGGAAAACAAGAUUCGUGGAUCCCGCGAUGGCAUAAGACGCGCAGCGUCGUUGCCCUUAUUUCUCGGCCAUGGGAGGGCUGACGACGUGGUUGCAUAUGAACACGGAGAGAAUUCUGCAAGGACCUUAAGCUCAGCCGGAUUCCAGAAUCUUAUAUUUAGAAGCUACAACGGGUUGGGUCAUUAUACAGUUCCUGAAGAGACUGAUGAAGUAUGCAGAUGGUUAACUGCAAAUUUGGCACUUGAGGGGUUAAGAUUGAACUAGUGAAGUAAAGUUCAAUCAUCAUGUUAUAGAUUAUAGAACCAUACUUUAAAUUUAAUCAAGGGGUUAUAGAAUAGAUAGUGGUGUGGGGGUAUAUUGGUAAUAUGGUAUAAUAGCCUCUUCAUUCUCUCUUUCUUUUUCUAUUAUCUUGGCACUAAAUAAAACUUUUCCUUUUAUACCUUUAAAUGUUACUCAUUUUUAUUGGUGUGUGGACAUGGAUAAUUUCCUCUUCAUUUGGCAAUUUUUCAUGUAGCUAUGGUUAUGUAUUGUUGCUUUCUGUAUUUCUUUUAUGUCUUUGAGGCAAAAUGUAAUAAGCCAAACAAGAAUAAAAUUACAUUAGAAUAUCAUUGA